CCCCGCAGCCCCCAGACAUUAGCCCCCUCUGCUUCCCACAGCUUCACCCUGCCAUCUGUGCCGCACCCCCAUAUCUCCCUCCUGCCUCUGGCUCUUUCCCCAUCAUUAACCUUUUCUCCUAACUUCCAGGCUUCCCUUCUCUGUCUCCCCGGAACCCCAGCUGCCUUCCCAAGUCUUAUAUGUCCUGUUUUCAGCCAAACCAUUGGCCAGCCAGUGCCCAAACUCCAUCUGCCAUUUCUCCAGGAAUUUGCUGAGGCUCCCUCCUUCUCACUGUCGCUGGCUGCCCAGAUCGACGGGUCGCGCAGCUCAGUGAGCCCCUGCUGCAGGGAACAAGCAAGGGACAUCAGGGAGCUCAGGGCUGCCAAGGGGAGCCCACGCUGCCCUGCCCUGAGGGCCCCCUCCGAGGUUGGGGACAGGACAGGUGCAGAGGCACUGCAGCCGCUCACUGCUCAGCCUCCUGAAUGAUGCCAAACCAAUGUUCCCUAACCUCCAACCUGGCCCUCCUGGUGCUGCUGGGCACAGUCAGAGCUGGCCCUUUCUCUUCACGUUCCGAUAUGCCACUCCCAGCUUCACGGCCCCCUCCUCAGCCAGGGGGCCUCACAGCGGAAUCAAGAAGGGGGAACCCCUCUUCUCAGCUUUAUGAGCACACCGUAGAAGGAGGGGAAAAGCAGGUGGUGUUCACCCACCGCAUUAACCUGCCCCCUUCGGCUGGCUGUGGCUGUCCCCCGGGCACUGAGCCCCCCGUCCCGGCUUCAGAGGUACAGGCCCUGAGGAUUCGACUAGAGAUACUGGAGGAGCUGGUGAAGGGGCUCAAGGAACAGUGCACUGGGGGAUGUUGUCCUGCUGCUGCUGCCCAGGCUGGCACAGGCCAGACAGAUAUUCGUAGUCUCUGCAGUCUCCAUGGUGUGUUUGACCUGAGCCGCUGCGCCUGCUCCUGCGAGCCAGGCUGGGAUGGGCCCACAUGCUCGGACCCCACAGACGCUGGGGUGCCCUCUUCCUCCCCACCCUCAGUUUUGGGGUCCUGCCCAGAUGACUGUAACGAUCAGGGGCGCUGUGUCCUUGGUCGCUGCGUGUGCUUCCCGGGCUACACCGGCCCCAGCUGUGGCUGGCCCUCCUGCCCCGGGGACUGCCACGGCAGGGGGCGCUGCGUGCAGGGCGUGUGCGUGUGCCGGACCGGCUUCUCAGGCGCCGACUGUAGCCUGCGCUCCUGCCCUCGAGGCUGCAGCCAGAGGGGACGCUGCGAGGACGGGCGCUGCGUGUGCGACCCCGGCUACACUGGCGAGGACUGUGGGGUGAGGAGCUGCCCUCGAGGCUGCAGCCAGAAGGGGCGCUGCGUAAAUGGGCGCUGCGUGUGCAACCCCGGCUAUACUGGCGAGGACUGUGGGGUGAGGAGCUGCCCCCGGGGCUGCAGCCAGAAGGGGCGCUGUGAGGAUGGGCGCUGCGUCUGUGACCCUGGCUAUGCUGGCGAAGACUGCAGCUCUCGGAGCUGUCCUUGGGACUGUGGUGAGGGUGGGCGCUGCGUGGAUGGCCGCUGCGUGUGCUGGCCCGGGUACGCGGGCGAGGACUGCAGCACACGGACGUGUCCACGCGACUGCCGGGGCCGCGGGCGCUGCGAAGACGGCGAAUGCAUCUGUGACGCGGGCUACAGCGGGGACGAUUGCGGCGUGCGCAGCUGCCCCGGCGACUGCAACCAAAGGGGCCACUGCGAGGAUGGCCGCUGCGUGUGUUGGCCCGGGUACACGGGGCCUGACUGCGGCGCGCGCGCCUGCCCGCGAGACUGUCGGGGCCGCGGGCGCUGCGAGAACGGCGUGUGCGUGUGCAACGCGGGCUACAGCGGCGAGGACUGCGGCGUGCGCAGCUGUCCUGAAGAUUGUCGCGGCCGGGGCCGUUGCGAGAGUGGCCGCUGCGUGUGUUGGCCUGGGUAUACUGGCCGGGACUGCGGCACGCGGGCCUGCCCUGGCGAUUGUCGUGGGCGCGGGCGCUGCGUGGACGGCCGCUGCGUGUGCAACCCGGGCUUCACGGGAGAGGACUGCGGGAGCCGUCGGUGUCCCGGGGACUGCCGCGGGCGCGGCCGCUGCGAGGACGGCGUGUGUGCCUGCGACCCAGGCUACGAGGGAGAAGACUGCAGCGUGCGCAGCUGCCCCGCAAGUUGCCGAGGCCGCGGCCAGUGCCUGGACGGGCGCUGCGUGUGCGACGACGGCUACUCUGGCGACGACUGCGGCGUGAGGCGAUGCCCGCGCGACUGCAGCCAGCGCGGCGUGUGCCAGGACGGUCUGUGUACCUGUUGGGAGGGCUACGUGGGAGAGGACUGUGCCCUCCGUACCUGCCCCUCCAACUGCCACGGGCGCGGCCGCUGUGAGGAUGGACGCUGUGUGUGCGACUCAGGCUACACCGGACCCUCCUGCGCCACCCGCACCUGCCCCGCCGACUGCAGGGGCCGUGGGCGGUGCGUGCAGGGAGCGUGCGUGUGCCACGCGGGCUACAGCGGCGAGGACUGUGGGCAGGAAGAGCCCCCCGCCAGUGCCUGCCCAGGAGGCUGCGGGCCCCGGGAACUGUGCCGAGCCGGCCGGUGUGUAUGCGUCGAGGGCUUCAGAGGCCCAGACUGCGCCAUUCAGACGUGCCCUGGGGACUGCCUCGGCCGAGGAGAGUGUCUUGAGGGCCGCUGCGUCUGCCAAACCGGCUAUGCAGGGGAGGAUUGUGGAGAAGAGGUGCCAGCCAUCGAGGGCAUAAGGAUGCACCUACUGGAGGAGACCACAGUUCGGACAGAGUGGACCCGGGCUCCCGGCCCUGUGGAUGCUUAUGAAAUUCAGUUCAUCCCCACGACGCAUGGGGCGAGCCCCCCAUUCACGGCGCGGGUGCCCAGCUCUGCCUCAGCCUAUGACCAGAGAGGACUGGCCCCUGGUCAGGAGUACCAGGUCACCGUCCGCGCCCUUCGAGGGACUAACUGGGGCCCUCCUGCCUCCAAGACCAUCACCACCAUGAUCGAUGGCCCCCAGGACCUCCGGGUCGUGGCUGUGACUCCAACCACACUGGAGCUCAGCUGGCUGCGCCCCCAGGCCGAGGUGGACCAAUUUGUGGUGUCCUACGUCAGUGCUGGCAACCAGAGGGUGCGGCUGGUAGUGCCCUCUGAGGCAGAUGGGACGGUGCUGACUGACCUGAUGCCAGGCGUGGAGUAUGUGGUGACUGUCACUGCGGAGCGUGGCCGGGCAGUGAGCUACCCGGCUUCCGUCAGGGCCAGCACAGCACCAGGCCACUACAGUUACCCGGAGGUGCACCUCCCAGCCCUGCCCCCCAGACCCCGUCCUCGGCCGACCCCGGCCCCUCGGCCCCCGCGGCCGGCUCGGCCUGCUCGGCCCCCUCGGCCUGCGGAGGAGGGCCAAGAGGAGUCUCGGCCUGGGCCUAGCCUGCCCCAGCCCUCUCGGCGGCCGUGGGGCAACCUGACAGCCGAGCUGGGCCGCUUCCGCGGCACGGUGCAGGACCUGGAGCGCCACCUGCGGGCUCACCGCUACCCACUGCGGGCCAACCAGACCUACACGUCGGUGGCGCGCCGCAUCCACGAAUACUUACAGCGGCGUCUGGCGGCAGCCCCUGCCGGCUCCCCCUCACCCCCGCCGGGUCGCCCCCACCCCACCUCCAGCCCCGACUCGGGCACCUGGAAGCGCGACUCCAACCAGGGCAUCUACGGCCUUUCGCCCGAAGGCGUCGGUGGGGUGGCUGCACCCCGCCACCCCAAGCCCGAGGUGCUCGGCAGUUCCGCUGAUGGCGCACUACUCGUGUCCCUCGAUGGGCUCCGCGGCCACUUCGAGCGCGUGGUGCUGCGCUGGCAGCCCCAGCCGCCCGCAGAGGGCCCCCGCGGGGAGCUGACCGUGCCUGGCACCGCGCGCACGGUCAGCAUACCCGACCUCAGGCCUGGCACUACCUACCAUGUGGAGGUCCACGGGGUGCGGGCAGGGCAGACCUCCAAGUCCUACGCCUUCAUCACCACCACAGGGUCCUCCCCCUUGGGCCUCUUGGGGGCCACUGAUGAGCCUCCUCCCUCGGGCCCUUCAACGACUCAAGGGGCUCAGGCCCCUGGCCUGCAGCAGCGCCCCCAGGAGCUGGGAGAAUUGAGGGUGCUGGGCAGAGACAAGACAGGGCACCUGCACGUGGUCUGGACAGCCCAGCCUGACACCUUUGCCCACUUCCAGCUGCACCUACGGGUGCCUGAUGGGUCAGGGACACACGAGGAAUUACUGCCAGGGGACGUCCGCCAGGCUCUGGUGCCCUCACCUCCUCCCGGAAUGCCCUAUGAGCUGUCACUUCGUGGGGUGCCCCCUGAGGGCGAGCCUUCUGCCCCUCUCAUCUACCAAGGCGUUAUGGACAGGGAUGAGGAAAAGCCUGGGAAGCCCUUGGUCCCGCCACGCCUGGGCGAGCUGACAGUGACAAAUGUGACUUCCAACUCCCUGCUCCUGCACUGGACAGUCCCCGAAGGCACGUUCGACUCCUUUGUGAUCCAAUACAAGGACAGGGAUGGGCCCCAGGUGGUACCAGUGGAGGGGCCCCAGCGCUCUGCCUCCAUCACCAACCUGGAUAUGGGCCGCAAGUACAAAUUCGUCCUGUAUGGGCUUGCGGGCAAGAAGAGGCACGGCCCCCGCGUGGCUGAAGCCAAGAUUGUGCCUCAGAGGGAUCCCAGCCCAGCAGCUUCACCCCGCCUGGGAAUGCUGUGGGUGACAGAUCCCAGCCCAGACUCGCUGCGCCUCUCCUGGACUGUCCCUGAGGGCCAGUUCGACUCCUUUAUGGUCCAGUACAGGGACAGGGAUGGACGGCCCCAGGUGGUACCCGUGGAAGGAUCAGAGCGCUCAGUCGUUAUCUCCCCUCUGGACCCUGACCACAAGUACAGGUUCACUCUGUUUGGGAUUGCCAAGAAGAAGCGGCAUGGCCCCCUCACGGCUGACGGCACCACUGCCCCAGAGAAGAGAGAGGAUCCCCGCCACCCAGAGCCCCCCGUGCAGCCGCUGCUGGGGGAAGUGACUGUGGUUGGCGCGACUCCAGAUUCCCUGCGCCUGUCCUGGACGGUGGCCCAGGGCACCUUCGACUCCUUCCUGGUCCAGUACAAGGAUGCACAGGGGCAGCCCCAGGUGGUGCCCGUUGCAGGGGAUGAGAGUGAGGUCACCGUCCCUGGCCUGGAAUCUGACCGGAAGUAUAAAAUGAACCUCUACGGCCUCCAUGGCAGGCAGCGCGUGGGGCCCAUGUCUGUGGUGGCCACCACCGCCCGCCAGGAGGUUGUGGAGGAGACCUUCCCCACAGAACCCAGCACAGAGACCCCAGAGCCCCUCAACGAGCCCGUCCUGGGGGAGCUAAUGGUGACAGGAUCCUCCCCGAACUCCCUGCAUCUCUCUUGGACCGUCCCCGAGGGACGGUUUGACCACUUCCUUGUCCAGUACAAGAACGGGGACGGGCAGCCCAAGGCGGUGCGGGUGUCGGGACACAAGGACGAGGUCACCAUCUCGGGCCUGGAGCCAGACCACAAGUACAAACUGAAACUGUACGGCUUCCGUGGCGACCAGCGCCAGGGCCCCGUGUCUGUCAUCGGGGUGACAACUGCAGAGGAAGAGACCCCCUUGCCCACGGAGGCCCCAGAGCCCCCCGAGGAGCCCGUCCUGGGGGAGCUGACGGUGACAGGAUCCUCCCCGGACUCGCUGAGCCUCUCCUGGACUGUCCCCCAGGGCCACUUCGAGUCCUUCACCGUCCAGUACAAGGACAGGGCUGGGCGGCCCCAGGUGGUACGCGUCGGGGGUGAGGAGAGCGAGGUCACCGUGUGGGGCCUGGAGCCGGGGCGCAAGUACAAGAUGCACCUGUACGGCCUGCACGGGGGGCGGCGCGAGGGGCCCGUGUCCACCGUGGGCGUGACCGCUCCACAAUCAGAAGAGACUCCUCCAGCCACGGAGCCCCCUAUGGAGCCACGCCUGGGGGAGCUGACAGUGACAGAUGUGACCCCCAGCUCUGUGGGCCUUGCGUGGACAGUCCUCGAGGGCCAGUUUGACUCUUUCGUGGUCCAGUACAAGGACAGGAAUGGGCAGCCCCAGGUGGUGCCUGUGGCCGCAGACCAGCGUGAGGCCACCAUACCCGGUCUGGAGCCUGCACGCAAAUACAAGAUGAACGUCUACGGGCUCCAUGGCGGGCGGCGCGUGGGCCCCCUCUCUGUGGUAGCCGUGACGGCUCCCCUCCCGCCAGCCCCAGCCACAGAGUCCCCCCAGAAGCCGCGCCUGGGGGAGCUGACAGUGACAGAUGUGACCUCGGACUCCGUGGCCCUCUCAUGGACGGUCCCCGAGGGGGAAUUUGACUCCUUCGUGAUCCAGUACAAGGACAGGGAUGGGAGGCCCCAGGUAGUACCUGUGGCCGUGGACCAACGCGAGGUCACUGUCCCCGACCUGGAGCCCAAUAGGAAGUACAAGUUCCUGCUCUUUGGGAUCCAGGAUGGGAAACGACGCAGCCCAAUCUCUGUAGAGGCAAAGACAGCUGCCCAAGGGGACGCCAGCCCAGGAUCCCCACCCCGCCUUGGGGAGCUCUGGGUGACAGACCCCACCCUGGACUCACUGCGCCUCUCCUGGACGGUCCCCGAGGGCCACUUCAACUCCUUUGUGGUCCAGUUCAAGGACAGGGACGGGCCCCGGGUGGUGCCUGUGGAGGGCCAUGAACGCUCGGUCACCAUCACCCCUCUGGACACCGGCCGCAAGUACAGAUUCCUCCUAUACGGCCUCCUGGGCAAAAAGCGCCACGGCCCUCUCACCGCGGACGGCACCACAGAGACUCAGAGUGCUGUGGAGGAUCCUGGAACAAAGCAUCCCCCAAAACCCAGUCUGGGGGAGGAGCUGCAGGUGACCAGUGUGACACCAGACUCUGUGGGCCUCUCCUGGAUGGUCCCUGAGGGCCAGUUUGACUCCUUCAUGGUCCAGUACAAGGACAGGGAUGGGCAGCCCCAGGUGGUGCCUGUGGAGGGCAGCUCCCGGGCGGUCAUCGUCUCGGGCCUGGACCCUGCCCACAGGUACCAGCUGUUGCUCUAUGGGCUGCGGGAGGACAAGCGUGUGGGUCCCCUCUCUGCCAUCGCUGUGACUGCCCCCAGGGAAGAAAUCGAAGCUGAGACCUCAGCCCCAAGCCUGCCAGAGUCUGAGCCGCAGCUUGGGGAGCUGACUGUAGACGAGGCCACACCGCACACCGUGCAUCUCUCCUGGAUGGUCUCUGGGGGAGAAUUUGACUCCUUUGAGGUCCAGUACACAGACCAGGAUGGGCAACUUCAAGUUUUCAGUUUGAGGGGUGACCAAAAUGACAUCACUCUCUCGGGCCUGAAAUCUGACCACAGAUACCUGGUGACCUUGUACGGUUUCCAUGGCUGGCAGCGUGUGGGUCCUACCAACGUCGAGGCCCUGACAGCUCCAAGGGAGGAGGAGGAUGAACCUUCAGAACCUCCCACUACUGACCCCGAGCCUCCCAUCAAGCCACACUUGGGGGAGCUGGCAGUGACCGACGCCACCCCCAACUCCCUGCAUCUCUCCUGGACCGUCCCCGAGGGACAGUUUGACCACUUCCUUGUCCAGUACAAGAACGGGGAUGGGCAGCCCAAGGCGGUGCGGGUGCCGGGACACGAGGAUGAGGUCACCAUCUCGGGCCUGGAGCCAGACCACAAGUACAAGAUGAACCUGUACGGCUUCCAUGAUGGCCAGCGCCAGGGCCCCGUGUCUGUCAUCGGGGUGACAACUGCAGAGGAAGAGACCCCCUUGCCCACGGAGGCCCCAGAGCCCCCCGAGGAGCCCGUCCUGGGGGAGCUGACGGUGACAGGAUCCUCCCCGGACUCGCUGAGCCUCUCCUGGACCGUCCCCCAGGGCCACUUCGAGUCCUUCACUGUCCAGUACAAGGACAGGGCUGGGCGGCCCCAGGUGGUGCGCGUCGGGGGUGAGGAGAGCGAGGUCACCGUGUGGGGCCUGGAGCCGGGGCGCAAGUACAAGAUGCACCUGUAUGGCCUGCACGGGGGGCGGCGCGAGGGGCCCGUGUCCGCCGUGGGCGUGACUGCUCCUGAAGAGGAGCCCCCUGCCAGCCCCGCUUUGAAGCCACAGUUUGGAGAGUUGACUGUGACAGAUGCCACCCCCGAUUCCCUGCGCCUCUCCUGGACCGUCCCCGAGGGACGGUUUGACCACUUCCUUGUCCAGUACAAGAACGGGGAUGGGCAGCCCAAGGCGGUGCGGGUGCUGGGACACGAGGACGAGGUCACCAUCUCGGGCCUGGAGCCAGACCACAAGUACAAGAUGAACCUGUACGGCUUCCAUGAUGGCCAGCGCCAGGGCCCCGUGUCUGUCAUCGGGGUGACAACUGCAGAGGAAGAGACCCCCUUGCCCACGGAGGCCCCAGAGCCCCCCGAGGAGCCCGUCCUGGGGGAGCUGACGGUGACAGGAUCCUCCCCGGACUCGCUGAGCCUCUCCUGGACUGUCCCCCAGGGCCACUUCGAGUCCUUCACCGUUCAGUACAAGGACAGGGCUGGGCGGGCCCAGGUGGUGCACGUCGGGGGUGAGGAGAGCGAGGUCACCGUGUGGGGCCUGGAGCCGGGGCGCAAGUACAAGAUGCACCUGUACGGCCUGCACGGGGGGCGGCGCGAGGGGCCCGUGUCCACCGUGGGCGUGACCGCUCCCCAGGUGGAUGUGGGUGACACCCCCUUCCCCACAGAACCCAGCACAGAGGCCCCAGAGCUCCCCGAGGAGCCCGUCCUGGGGGAGCUGACGGUGACAGGAUCCUCCCUGGACUCGCUGAGCCUCUCCUGGACCGUCCCCCAGGGCCACUUCGACUCCUUCACCAUCCAGUACAAGGACAGGGCUGGGCAGCCCCAAGUGGUGCACAUCAGGGGUGAGGAGAGUGAGGUCACCAUCUCGGGCCUGGAGCCAGACCACAAGUACAAGAUGAACCUGUACGGCUUCCAUGAUGGCCAGCGCCAGGGCCCCGUGUCUGUCAUCGGGGUGACAACUGCAGAGGAAGAGACCCCCUUGCCCACGGAGGCCCCAGAGCCCCCCGAGGAGCCCGUCCUGGGGGAACUGACGGUGACAGGAUCCUCCCCGGACUCGCUGAGCCUCUCCUGGACUGUCCCCCAGGGCCACUUCGAGUCCUUCACCGUCCAGUACAAGGACAGGGCUGGGCGGCCCCAGGUGGUGCACGUCGGGGGUGAGGAGAGCGAGGUCACCGUGUGGGGCCUGGAGCCGGGGCGCAAGUACAAGAUGCACCUGUACGGCCUGCACGGGGGGCGGCGCGAGGGGCCCGUGUCCACCGUGGGCGUGACCGACUCCGAAAAUGUGACCACCCAAGUCCCGCCCCCAAUGACCCCCGAGCCUCCCAUCAAGCCGCGCUUGGGGGAGCUGGCAGUGACUGACGCCACCCCCGACUCCCUGCAUCUCUCCUGGACCAUCCCCGAGGGACGGUUUGACCACUUCCUUGUCCAGUACAAGAACGGGGACGGGCAGCCCAAGGUGGUGCGGGUGCCAGGACACGAGGACGAGGUCACCAUCUCAGGCCUGGAGCCAGACCACAAGUACAAGAUGAACCUGUACGGCUUCCAUGAUGGCCAGCGCCAGGGCCCCGUGUCUGUCAUCGGGGUGACAACUGCAGAGGAAGAGACCCCCUUGCCCACGGAGGCCCCAGAGCCCCCCGAGGAGCCCGUCCUGGGGGAGCUGAUGGUGACAGGAUCCUCCCCGGACUCGCUGAGCCUCUCCUGGACCGUCCCCCAGGGCCACUUCGAGUCCUUCACCGUCCAGUACAAGGACAGGGCUGGGCGGCCCCAGGUGGUGCGCGUCGGGGGUGAGGAGAGCGAGGUCACCGUGUGGGGCCUGGAGCCGGGGCGCAAGUACAAGAUGCACCUGUACGGCCUGCACGGGGGGCGGCGCGAGGGGCCCGUGUCCACCGUGGGCGUGACCGCCUCCCUUCCCACAGAGCCCCCCGUGGCACCCCGCCUGGAGGAGCUGGCUGUGGCAGCCGUGACCUCAGACGCAGUGCGGCUCUCGUGGACGGUGGCCCAGGGCCUCUUCGACUCCUUCCUGGUCCAGUACAGGGAUGUGCAGGGGCAGCCCCAGGCGGUGCCGGUGGGUGGAGACCGCCGCGAGGUGGUCGUCUCGGGGCUGGCACCAGCGCGCAAGUACAAGUUCCUGCUCUUUGGACUCCAGGAUGAGAAAAGACAUGGCCCACUUUCUGCAGAGGCAAAGACCCUCCCAGACACAAAACCUUCUCCUCGCCUGGGGGAGCUGACAGUGACAGACGUGACCCCAGACUCCGUGGCCCUCAUGUGGACGGUCCCCGAGGGGGAAUUCGACUCCUUCGUGGUCCGGUACAAGGACAGGGACGGGAGGCCCCAGGUGGUGCCUGUGGCCGCGGACCAGCUAGAGGCCACCAUCAGCGGCCUGGCGCCCAAUUGGAAGUACAAGUUCCUGCUCUUCGGGCUGGCAGGCAGGAAGCAGCUGGGCCCCAUCUCUGCCGAAGGCACCACAGCUCCCUUGGAGAAGGAGCAGCAGCCCUCACCCCCCUUUGGGGAGCUGAUGGUGACGGAUGAGACCCCAGACUCCCUGCACCUCUCAUGGACCGUGGCCAAGGGCCCCUUUGACUCUUUCGUGGUCCAGUAUUGGGACUCAGAUAGGCAGCCCCAGGCCUUGCUCGUGGGUGGUGACCAGAACAAGGUCCUCGUGUCAGGCCUGGAGCCCAACACCCCCUACAAGUUCUUCCUCUACGGCCUCCAUGAAGGGAAGCGCCUGGGACCUGUCUCCGCUCAGGGCACCACAGGGUCGGCACCUGCCGGUCAGACCCCAGGGGACCCAGGGCCCCGCCUGUCCCACCUGUCUGUGACUGACGUGACCACCAGUUCCCUGCGACUCAACUGGGAAGCCCCACCCGGGGCCUUUGACUCCUUCCUGCUCCGCUAUGGGGUCCCAUCACCAAGCACUCUGGAGCCUCACCCUCGUCCCCUGCUGCAGCGGGAGCUGACAGUGCCAGGGACGCGGCACUCAGCCGUGCUCCGGGACCUGCGUCCUGGGACCCUGUACAGCCUUACGCUGUAUGGGCUACGCGGGCCCCACAAGGCCGACAGCGUCCAGGGCACCGCCCGUACCCUCAGCCCAAUUCUAGAGAGCCCUCGUGACCUCCAAUUCAGCGAAAUCGGGGAGACCUCAGCCAAGGUCAGCUGGAUGCCCCCACCGUCCAGAGUGGACAGCUUCAAAGUUUCCUACCAGCUGGCGGAUGGAGGGGAGCCACAGAGCGUGCAAGUGGACGGCCGAGCCCGGACCCAGGAACUCAAGGGGCUGAUCCCAGGUGCUCGCUAUGAAGUGACUGUGGUCUCCGUGCGAGGCUUUGAGGAGAGUGAGCCUCUCACAGACAUCCUCAUCACGGUUCCUGAUGGCCCCACCCAGCUGCGUGCACUGAACUUGAUGGCGGGAAACACCAUGCUGCACUGGAAGCCCCCUCAGGCUCCUGUGGACACAUAUGACAUCCUGGUCACAGCCCCAGGGGCCCCGCGCCUGCAGGCCUCAGCCCCGGGCACCGCCGUGGACUACCCCCUGCAUGGCCUUGUGCUCCACACCAACUACACGGCGACCGUGCAUGGCCUUCGGGGCACCAACCUCACCUCUCCAGCCAGCAUCAUCUUCACCACAGGGUUGGAGGGCCCCCAGGACUUGGCGGCCAAGGAAGUGACCCCCCGCACAGCCCUGCUCACUUGGAUUGAGCCCCAAGUCCCGCCGACUGGCUACCUGCUCACCUACGACACCCUUGGAGGACAGACCCAGAUCCUACUCCCAGGAGGGGUCACCUCUCACCAGCUCCUGGGCCUGUUUCCCUCCACCACCUACACAGCGUGGCUCCAGGCUGUGUGGGGCGAGAGCCUUGCAUCGCCCGUGUCCACGUCCUUCACCACAGGUGGACUGCGCAUCCCCUUUCCCCGGGACUGUGGGGAGGAGAUGCAGAACGGGGCCGGCACUUCCAGGACCACCACCAUCUUCCUUAAUGGCAACCGCGAGCAGCCCCUGAACGUGUUUUGUGACAUGGAGACCGAUGGGGGUGGCUGGCUGGUGUUCCAGCGCCGCCUGGACGGACGCACGGACUUCUGGCGGGAUUGGGAGGACUAUGCCCACGGCUUUGGGAACAUCUCCGGGGAGUUCUGGCUGGGCAACGAGGUCCUGCACAGCCUGACAGAAGCUGGGGACUACUCCAUGCGUGUGGACCUGCGCGCCGGGGACGAGGCAGCGUUCGCCCAGUAUGACUCCUUCCGCGUAGACUCGGCCGCUGACUACUACCGCCUCCACCUGGCAGGCUACCAUGGCACUGCAGGGGACUCCAUGAGCUACCACAGCGGCAGUGUCUUCUCUGCUCGUGAUCGAGACCCCAACAACUUGCUCAUCUCCUGCGCCGUCUCCUACCGAGGGGCCUGGUGGUACAGGAACUGCCAUUAUGCCAACCUCAAUGGGCUCUACGGGAGCACAGUGGACCACCAGGGAGUAAGCUGGUACCACUGGAAGGGCUUCGAGUUCUCCGUGCCCUUCACGGAAAUGAAGCUGAGACCCAGAAGCUACCAGGCCCCCGCCUAGGGAGGCUGAGCCUGGCUCACCUCUCCCACCCACGUAUGACUGUCCAG